CACCAUUCUGUCACACGUGUUGUUUACCUGGGGACUAUUUACUCAAGUAAAAUUUCUGAAGUGCACCGUAAACGACACGAAAAUGAACGGAUGAAUUAUUUUUAAAGAAUAUAUUCCUUGAUUAGACACAACUAUGGACAGCAAACAUCGCAGAGACAGCAACUCCGAUUCUGAUGAUCACAAAGAUAAAAAGAAACAUAAAAAGUCCAAGAAAAGCAGCAAACAAAAACACAAAUCCAAAGACAAGGACAAGUAUAGAGAUGACGGCGAAGAGAAAUUUACUGCUAAAACAGAGGAGUCAGAAAAUGAAGGGGCACUGUCUGCCAUAGAAAAAUUCAACAUGUUUAAAAAGCAGUUUAAAAAGCAGCGAGAGGCUAUUAAGAAAGAUGAGGGACAAGUUGUUGAUGAUUUAUUUAAAGAGUUUAUAGCAUCCAAAAUGAGACAAAUAGAGAAUGAAAGUGCAGACAGGGAGGAAAAGAAGUCCAAGCUGUCUGCUAAAGAUAAACUCAAUGAUGAAAUGAGCAGAGUUCUGGACGCAGAAAUCAGUACCAUUGAGGUUCCAGUGCAAUCCAUGAAGCAGAGCAAAAAUGAGGAAACUAAAGAUUUAUGGAAAGAAAAUACAGAUAAAAGGGUGAACACAAAAAGUGUGAAUAUUGGUAAAUUUUUUAAUAGUGAAACUCAACCUAUUUCCACACCAGAUGACUAUGUAUCAGCUAUUGGUCUCCCAAAUCGCCUUUCUGAAGUAUCUAACCCUGCUCAAAAGUUAGAGUCUAGUCAGGCUAGCCUGCUGAAUACAAUAAAGCAGGCAACCGACAGCACUGAAUAUCUAAAAAAUUCAACAAAUCCAUCUUAUAAAGACGAUACUAAAAUGUCUCAAGCAGACAGUAAUCUUCCAGUAUUUGGGCCAAUGUUGCCCCCAACCAUUCCUGAGCCAGAUUCAAAACCAGAUACCAAAGCAGAUGCGAAGAAACCUAAACUUGGUUUUAAAAACUUUGGUAUAAAACUAACAGCUACAAGUGCUGAGCUUAUUCAAUCUGGUGAAAUUAUCAAAAAGGGAAAGCGUUUAGAAGAUGGUGAGGUUGUGUCGUCAUCCUCAGGAGCAGAGACUCACUCCCAGGACUCUGAUGGCGGAAGUGAAGUGUCGGGAACCGGUUCCAUCCAGGAUUCACUGCAGGGUCUCACUUCCGAGCCACGAGAGAAAAGUACGCGAUCGAGAGACACGCUAAAAAAGAAACGUAAAAGCAAAGACAAGAAAGACUCUUCUAAAGAAAAGGAGAGAGAAAGCUCUCGAAAUAAAAGAAAAGAUUCUGGUCGCUCAAAAUCUCGAUCGCCUAAGCGAAGCAAAAGGUCACGGUCACGUUCCAAAGAAAGGUCACGACAUAGAUCAGGAUCCAAGGAAAGGUCAAGGUCGAAACGAUCAAGGUCACACGGUAGAGGGACAGGGUCUAGACGGUCAAAAUCCAGGGAUAAGAGGAGGUCAAAAUCCAGAGAAAAGAGGAGGUCAAAAUCCAGGGAUAAGAGGUCAAAAUCAAGAGGUAGAAGGUCAAGGUCAAAGGGUCAGCGUUCCAGGUCAAGAAGUCGUAGAUCUAGAUCAGCAAAGUCAAGAGAUCACAGGUCAAAGUCAAAAGAUAAAUCACGACAUCGCAGGUCACGGUCAAAAAGUAAAAGAUCAAAGAGCAAAAGCCCUGACCGAUUUUGGCGAAGUAAAUAUGGAGAUUUUGAUGCCUUCAAGUUUUCAAAAGAAAAGAAUCGUCACCGUUCUCGAAGCAAAAGUCCAGACAAGGAAAAGAAACGAAAGGAAGAUCUUCGUUUGAAGAUUGACAAGGCUAAACUGCGGGAGAUUGCCAUGGCAAAUGCACUGAACAAUGCCCAAGCAGUGGGAGUCAAGCUGGAUGUCACAGUCAAGGCUGGGGGGAAGUCAGUGGAAGAGUUAACAGAAUACUGCAAGAAGAUCCAGCAGAAGGAGCAGGAGCGUAAGAAGUUCCGCUACGACCAGGGAUACGAGUCAUCGUCCUCAGAGGAGCCUGCGCGCUCAGGGGAUGAAGAUGACUUUCACCACCCCUUCAAGGUCAAGGAGGCGGGGCCUGCUAUCAAGUUUGAUAUUCCAAAUGCCAAGACCCUACCAGUGGUGACUCCUCAGGAGAGGCUUACGAAUGCUGCCACGCUCCGCCUAACAUUUCCUGUCUCCAGCGGUUCCCAGCAUAGAGACAAAGAGUGGGUACCAGUAGAGCCUGAACCCAAGGUCACUCCAAUGCCUGUUGGUGUCCCUCCUCCCUCUGUUGGUGGAUUUGCGGCAAUUCUGCCUCCCCCACCCCCGCCUCCUGAAGUCAAAGUGUUUGAAGAACCACCUGUUGAGCCAGUAGAUAUUAGUGCUAUUGUGUCUGAACGGUUGAAUGCAGUGAGGAAACUACAGGAGAAUCCGAAUGAUAUCAGGGCUAAAAUGAUUUUGAGCCAGGCUCAAAGCAAGGCAAGCCAGUGGGCCCAGUCAAAGAACCUUCCGGGGAAGUUUAUAGGGAGCACAGGGGCCAAUAUCCUGUCUCCUGAAGAGCUCAUGGGUGACAAGAAGCGACAGGCCUGGGUGAAAAAGGACGUGUUCACGAGCGCAGCGCCCGUGAGGGGAGGGAUAGGGAUGUACCUGCUGCAGAAGAUGGGUUGGAAGCAGGGAGAGGGACUUGGCAAGAACAACGAGGGGCAGAAGGAACCACUCAUGCUGGACUUCAAGGUUGACAGAAAAGGCUUGGUAACAGAAGGAGAAGGAAAGAAGCCAGCUGCCAAGGCUCCAGUGGUUAAAGACCUCUCAGGCAAACACCCUGUGUCUGCAUUGGGGGAACUGUGUAACAAGAGGAAGUGGGGAGCUCCGAGAUACGACAUGAUACACGAGAGUGGGCCCUCGCAUAUGAGGGACUUUCUAUUUAAGGUGCAUGUGAAUGGCACAGACUAUCAGCCCUCCAUCACAAGCAACAACAAGAAGCUGGCCAAGGCUCAGGCGGCCUCUGUGUGUCUGCAGAUCCUGGGGCUCAUACCACGAACAGAGAUGGUGCCCAACCAGCUAUAGGAUUGGCAAUGACCUGUGCCUUACAAAUGGUAGAAAUGGAACUUGUUACUGAUUGGAAUGGAAUGUCUGCCGUUUGGAAUGGAACUUGUGCCGAUUGGAAUGGAAUUAUUCUGAUAGGAAUGGAACUCAUGCUUAAAGGGUCAAACUUGUGCUGAUAGGAAUGGAAGAUGUGUAAAAAAAAUUAACUAAACUGUUGUCUAGACAGUCACGGGAAAGUGUGACUAAGAAAUGGAGAGGGAUUGGUGUCUAAAAAGUUGCAGGAAUGUAUCUUGUGCUCGGCAGUUCAAUAGAAAAUAACAGGUGGCUAUCAAUUGAAUGAAACAGAACUAGUGUCUAAAAGGGUUAUGAAUAAGAUGUAAGCCAAAUGAGUUACCAACAUUAAUAAAGGGAUGGCAGUGGAACUUGUUCUACACAUGCGGUGGAAGCAGAAUUGAUAUAUUCAGCCUAGUUCCUUAUGAAGUGUUGAGUUUGAAAAUAUUGUAUCUUAUGUAGGGAGGUCAAGCAGUUGCCAUAGUUUCUUCCUUUGCUUGUGUACAUGAUGAAUGUAAUUGGUGAUAUAUAGGUUGACAAAGUAUGUGGCAUUAGGGGUAUCUGUGAUUUACCACCUUCGUACAAACAUUAUGAGAUAAACAUGAAUUCAAUAGUAUUCACAUUUUGAAAUACUAGAUUUCCUGUGGGUAGCUUUGUAGGAUAACAACUUAAUUAUAAAUGUUUUCAAUGCCUUUUUUCAAAGGACAUGAUUUUUAUUUGAUUAAUGCUGAUAUAUUUUGAAUUGGAUAAUUGUGUUGUUUUGUAUGUAAUAAAAGGUAAAGAUAA